AAUGUGCGUCCACCGAUAGCUGGUGGUUGGUGCUCAUUUACAGGGACAAGCUACCCCAACUACCAAUCUUAUACAUCAUCCUUGUUCUGUCAGACCAAAUUAAUUAGAAAAUAAAAUAUCUUAUUUUCCACGCGGUGGUAUGCAUGAUACUGUAUUCAAUAAGACAUUGAGCUUUGGUAAUCAGGAAAAGGGAAAGCACUGUUCUCUGAAGCUGAAAAACAGCCAUGAUUCAGUCAUUUAUGCCAUCAUGCUUCUCCUCCAGUAUCCAGCUUCAACCAGAAAAAGGCAUGCUAGUACCUCUUCAGUCACAAAGGAGACAUACAAAAACUCUGAAUCAAGAUAAAGAAUAUAAAUAUACCGGCCCUUCUAGCUCCAACAUUAUAAAUGCAACAGACAUUUUUAGCAGCAGUUGCAACAAGCUCAGGGUAUACAAAACCCAACAUAUACAAACCUUUUGUACCACAUCAGAUGCUGAGUUCCUAUUACAGCCAAAAGAUAAUCAGAAAGCAACUCCACUGAGUCGUUUAUGGGAAGAAUGGGAUGCAUUUUACAGGUUUUGCCGCAUAUACACCGUCACUGGCAUGGUUGCUGGAGUCAGUUCAGUUUCCGUACUGCCUUUGACUUCAGUUGGAGAAUUGUCACCUGCAUUUUUUGUGGGAAUGCUACAGGCAUUGUUUCCAUUUGUUAUUUUGAACAUGUAUGUGGUUGGGAUUAAUCAACUGGCAGAUGUGGAAAUAGACAAAAUAAACAAGCCACAUCUUCCUUUGGCUUCUGGAGAAUAUUCAGUGGAUAAAGGGAUAACUGUUGUUUCAGCUUUUGGUUUUAUGUGCUUGACCAUGGGGAUUAUGUUUCAGUCUCCACCCCUUUUCAUUGGAAUUGUUGUAUAUAUUUUACUUGGAACGGCAUAUUCUAUCAAGCUACCAUUACUCAGAUGGAAAACAAAUCCCUACCUAGCUGCAUUCUGUGUAGUCGGCGGACAUGGGCUCAUUAUUCAGCCUGCUGUUUUCUAUCACAUCCAGCAUGUGCUCGGUAAACCAUUCACUCUAAACAAGUCAUUGGUCUUCGCUACCAUUUUCUUCAGCUUAUUUUCGGUUGUUAUUGCAUUAUUUAAGGACAUACCUGAUGUUGAAGGAGACCGAGCGUUUGGGAACCUAACAUUCAGUGUCAGGCAUGGCAAAAAGAAAGUCUUUUCUAUAUGUGUAGGCAUCCUGCUGAUUGCCUAUGGUUCUGGUGUGGUGGUUGGAGCUUCAUCCUCGUUUCUAAUAUGCAAGAUUGUGUCUGUGAUAGGCCAUACUACACUUGCCUUAUUGUUUCUUCUUCGAGCAAAGUCACUUAAUCUUGAUGAUGAUGUGGCAACACAAUCCUUCUAUAUGUUUUUGUGGAAGCUGUUUUCUGCAGAAUAUGUGCUCAUUCAUUUUAUACGCUAAGAACAUGCCAGAAAAGUGUCACACAGGAUGAGCGACUGCACAAGUGUCUCUUCUUUGCAGUAUCCCUGUAAUCAUACGUUGCUAAAUUUGUUGCUAUACUUGUAAUGGCUUCGGCCAGCCUAACUAUUCCAUUCAUUAUGUGCAGAGUUGGGUUGCAUUAUUUUAUAAAUUUAGUUAUAUAUCUAGAUAAAUUAAAAUUUUCGACAAUUAAACUCUUUUAAAAAAUAAACCAAAACAAUAGUGAAAGAGUACUCUGAUCAGCAAUAUUUUCCACUGGUGUG